UGUCUUGUAGCCAUAUCUAAAAGCGUUGCACAUUAACUGAAUCUUACUGCUCACGUGACUUGGUUAGCUGGCGCGGGCAUUCUCAAUCGAGGAUGUCCGCGCGUUACGUCGAGGCCCUAUUCCGUGCCGUAUCUUCAUCGGCCACUAAACUUGAUUUGCAAGGCGUGCUAUCAAACCUGAGUGCAGCCACUGCUGCGGCGACUGCUGCGUCAGCAGCCCCUUUAGACCACUUAUACGCGCGCAUUGGUGCCCUGAAUGGGCCUUUCUUUCCCGCGGGAUGGGGUAAUCUCAGCGUGGUGAAUUAUGAGGAGGACCUGCGCCAUCUGAUUCAGGGCCCACCUUCCAGCAUUAAGCUGUCAUGGCGACUAAUUGAGCGAGGAAAUCGGGAUGGCACCGAUUACCUCUUGUACGAAGGCACCUUCAGAACGCCCUGCCUCCAACGCGUCUUCGACGCGCUCCCGCCCGAGAGCCGCACCGGCCGCGUUCAGCUGCUAGUUCCAGCGCACAUAAGGCCCUUCCGUUCCGAAACCUCCAUCAGCGGCCUUGAGGAGGGAGCAGCACUGCCGUACUUUCCAUCGACGCCGCAGCAGAUUCAUCAUCAUCAGCAACAGUCUCGGCUGCGCUGGCCAGGUCUAGGGUCUGCUGACGCAACCGCGCAGGAGCAGCAGCUGUUGCAGCAGCACUUGUAUGCGGGGACGGCAGCAGCAGCAGCAACGGCUUCAGCGGUUGCGGAGGGCCCCGCCUGUGUGGUGCACUUGGCGGCGACGGGCGAUCAAACCUUUGGUCGGCGGCUGCGACUGGGCUUCCCUCUGCUUAAGGACAACAUCUGCACGCUCGUCCUGGAGAGCCCCUUCUACGGCGCUCGGCGGCCCGCCGCCCAGCGCGGUUCCAAACUGCUGCGCGUGUCGGACUUGCUCACGCUGGGCUGGGCCACCAUCGCGGAGAGCCUCAACCUGCUGCACUGGCUGCGGGAGGAGGGGUACGGGCCGCUGGGCAUGUGUGGUUUGUCCAUGGGCGGCGUGCACGCCUGCAUGACAGCCGGGCUGUACCCGGGGGACGUGGCGGUGACGCCGCUGCUGGCGCCGCGCUCGGCAGCGGUGGCGUACUGCGAUGGAGCCAUGCGGGCGGUGAUGGCCUGGGAGCCGCUGCUGAAGGAGGUCGACGAGAAUGACAACCAGAUCACGCAGGUGGUUAUGAGCGCAGGAAGGGCCAUCACCAUCAAGUUGCCUGUCCGUCAGGCCUCCUCCGUGCCUUCCUCCUCCUCCGCCGCCGCCGCUGCCUCGGCUGCAUACCCAACAACAGCAGCAGGCGCAGCAGCAGCACCUUCCCCCUCGGUAGGCAUCAGCAGCGGGAGCGGCGGCGGAGACAGCGCAGAUGCAGACGCAGCAGCAGCGGCGGCGGCGUUUGAGUCGGUGUCGCUCAUGCGGGAGGCGACGUAUGCGCUCGCGGAUUUGGAGGUGCGGGGGGAGAAACGGCACUUGGCGGAAGCGGCGAGCAGCAGCGGAGGCAGCAGUAGCAACAGCGGAGGCAGCGAAGCGGCGGGGUCACCGCCGUCCUUGUCUUCAACCUCGUCUUCUUCCUUCUCCUUACCAUCUUCAGGAGAGGCGGAGACAGGGGCGGCGGCAGAUGGGAGACGGCGCGGUGCAAGCAGCAGCACCAGCACCAGCACCAGCGGCGGUGAUGGCGAGAGCCGCAGUCGAGGAGGAGGAGAAGGAGCUGCUGCAGGAGGGGGGCUGUUGAAGGGUCUGCCGCAACCGCUCGUGAGCGUGAUGGAUGUGUACAUGGGCCUGGCUGGGGCGGCUCUGCGCGCGGGGGGGAGCAGCGGCAGCAGCAGCGGGAGCAGCAGUAGCAGUAGCAGCACCCAAGGCAAUGAUGGUGGUGGUGGUGGUGCUGCGAAUCAGACACACGGCAACCCCUCUCCUCCAUUUGGGCAUAACCAGCACCAACAGCAGCAGCCGGAGCAGCAGGAGCAGCGGGAGUGCGGCGGACCUUUCUCCGGAAUCAUCGCCGAUCCUAGCAGCCGGCAUGCCUCCGAAGCCCGCCAUCCCCACUCCCACUCCCACGCACAUCACCACCACCACCAACAUCACCACCACCAUCACCACCCACAGCAGCCCCGCCCACACAAUUCCGCCUCCUCGGGCGCUCCCCAAGUAGCGGGAGGAGGGGAGGCAGGCGGUGGUGGUGGCGGGACGCCGCUGGGGCGAAGGCUGCUGGGUGAUCUGGGUCGCGCGGUGAAGCAGCUUCGGUCGGAUGACCGGCGGCUAGACAAUCCGGAUACGGUGAUGCGGUUGAAGCGUGUGCUGGAGACCUACACCGACAUCACACGAUACCCGCGGCCGCGUCGCACCGACGCCGCAGUCAUUAUCGCUGCUCGCGACGACGCCUACGUCAGCACCCAGAGUGUGGAGCAGCUGCACCGCUACUGGGAGGGCAGCGAGCUGCGGAUGGUGUCGGGGGGCCACGUCAGCGCGUUCCUAAUGCACCAGGAGGCCUUCCGUACGGCAAUCAAGGAUUCCCUGACACGGCUGUCCAGACCGCCGCCACCGCCGUCUCGAUCACGGCAGUAGCAGUGGCGGCAGUAGCAAAAUGGCGGCAGUGGCAGUUGCAGUAAGGGGCGUGCUCGACCACGGCAGUAGCAAGUGCCGGCUGCGGCACUUGUGGCGGUUGCGGCGAGCAGGAGGGGUGGGGCAGGCGGAAGCAGUGGCAGGUGGAAGAGUGAAGUGGCUGUGAGCAGGGUGUGUGGCUGGAAGUUAUUGGAGGGGGGUUGGGAUGGCGCGGUCGUGGGUAGGACGAGCAAGUUACGGUCAGAAGGGGCACGGAGCCUGGUUUACUACUACUGCUGCAUUAUCACUACAGGAUAUUGUACUGGGAUUGUAAUCUUUUGGGGUUACGGCUUCUAAAAGGUUAAAUGGUCUACAAAGGUAUGGCGCGCCUUGACAGAAGAAAUAGCUGGAUCACCGCCUUUAAUUGCCUGGGAAGGCUUUUUGAAGAUUGCUUUGGAUUACAACGCGAGGGUGGGGCGCGGUGGGGGAGUGUGAUUGAAGUUAACUUGCCGGGAAGCCUUCGGACGCUGUGUUGCUAUGUUAUUACCGCUGUUCAACGAGGUGGUGCGAUUGCCAGCGGGGACUACCGGUAGCUCCCAACGACUUGUUCAGGACUCCACGAGUCCAUUUUGCACAAGAAAAUACAGUGAGUAUUCCUUAGUGUUGUAAGGAAACCCUGGCCCCACAAAAACACACCACGCAUGGACUGCGAAGCUGUGUACCGUCCACCAUCGGCGCAUCUCUGAACACAACUGCUAUGCUAUGUAAAUUGGCAGCAGCAAGGCACAAGUGGGGGCUGUGCGGUGUCGAGCGUCG